UUGGAUCGGAGGGCUUUACGAUUUCAGAAAAUGUAAUAUCAAAUGUCCACACAUUUUCAAUAAUUUAGAAAAAAAAUAAAUAGUAAAAACAUGUGUCAGUUAUGAGGAGAACAACAUCGACGCGUCGAAGUGUCAAAGGAGAAGAAACUACUGUUGAUAAAAGUGUGAUAAAUCCCACAUCAAAAUCCCCAAAGAAGGCAACCUCAACAAAAAGAUCUGACGCUCGUAUUGACAAAAAUGAUGUGGUGGUUGACAGGAAAAGAACAGAUGACAAUCCUACGAAAGUAAAAGUGCCCAAAAGUGCAAAAUGUGCAAGAAAAACUAGAUCUUUAAAAUCUUUACAAGAACAAUCUAUACCAAAGACUGAGCCACCAGAAUGUGAUAUAACGCCACCCAGAUGGAAUGGAAAGAAUAAUGUCACCAACAAAAUCGGUGAUGCUAGCACAGUACAUGUAAAUCUGCAGGAAGAAAGUCCAAGUUAUACACAGAAAGGUAAAAGGAUAAAAGAAAUAUUUCAGGAUGAAUUUUUAUGUUCUCAGAGUAACACAGAUGAGCUGUGUGAUGUUCGCUGGGAAUGUAGCUCUCCUGAUGUUUAUAAACAUCUGUCAAAAAAAUCCAAUAAGACAAGAGAAACAGUCGCUGAUAUAGCCCACAGAUUGAGAGUAUCAGAAGAUGAUAUUAAUCCUGUAGAACCAGAAUUACAAGCGAAGUCUUUAUUAGGGUUAUGGUUACCAGAAAGUAAUGGUGGAAGUUCAAAAAGACUAAAACGUGGCGGAAUUAAGAAAAAGAGAAAAGCUGCUCCAAUUAUACCAGAAAAAUAUCAAAAAUUAUUAGAAGAAUGGAAUGCAAGAAAAAAUUCAGAAAAUAAGGUUGUUCCUGGAACAGAAAGUGCAAAAAAUGAGAGCAAAAAGAAUUCUAUCGAUGACCAGUAUGAUCAUUUGUUUUCUGAUGAAGAUCAACUAUUGCCUACAGGUGUGGUUCGUUGUACAGGUACAACACCAGCGAAGGAAGCUGAUGACACAUGGAGUGAUGAUGAUUUGUUCAACGAUGACUCCUUUAUUCUUGCAGCUUCACAAAUGCCUUUGGAAAGACUGGCUGAACUAUGUACUGGUAGUAAAAGGAAGCGAGAAAGUAUAGGCUUGAGUGGGAAAUCCUCAAAAGAUUCCAAAAUCUCGUCAAGUGUUGUGACUUCAUCUGAUUCAAAUAACAAUAACAGAUGUUUCUCUAGUGGAAAAUCUCAGAUUGUAUCUGUUGUAAAGACAGGUACCAAUUCCAAUAAUGAUGUCCAAACAUACAAUGAAAAUUAUGUGAAAGUUCAGCAGACAUCUAGCAUUCCACCUGGGUUUAAAACUAGUGGCAAUAACAGACAUAGUAACAGUCAAAAUACAUAUAGUGCUGAAAUAGAAAGUUCCGAACAAUCAGCUGUUUUGUCACGUAACAGUUUUUAUGGUUCUUCCAAAUGUACAUUUCGUAAACACAGUAGUUUUUCCGGAAGUCCAUCAUGUGAAUUUAACAGUUCACAAAUAAAUGGAAACUCUCUUGACAAAUUUACAACUUCAAAUAAGAGUCCUUUUAGGAAGCAUCAUAGUUUUGAUGCAUGCUCUAGCAGAUUGACAAGUACCCCAACAAGAAAGUCAACAUUUGUACGUAGCAUUAAAGAUGACAAUGGUAAAAUUAUCAAACCUGUAAGGUCAUUUACCAUGUUGCCUUCCACGGCUAUUAAUCCCAAAGUGGUCAAACCUAUAAGACAACUAAAUUCAGAAACUAAUAACCCAAUUAAUUCUAGUAGAUCUAUUAUAACAAACGAUUCAGUUCAUGUCAUGCCAAAAAUAAACGAAGAAAUAAAGAUCAACCAAACUGGUUUACUGCAAACUAAGAGACUCGUCAAAAUAAAAGAAACUGUAACACCUCUUAAAAAUUUUAGAGCUGAAAAUAGAGAUGAUUUAUUGGAUACAAGUAUAUCUGAUGAGAUCUUGCGCCAGUUGGCGGAACCUGAUGAAAUUUUGGAGAGUCAGUCAACGCAUCAAGAAACGCUAGAAACAAUAAAAUCAACAGAUAUAAAGAAAUGUCAAACAAAUGAAAUUAUAGACAAAACACUUUCUUUCAUGUUUGAAGAAGACGAUUUUUCAUUCUCAGAAAUAGAUGCCCAGAAUUUGGACAACGUUUUAAUUAGUGAUAAUAAGGAACUGCAGGUGUCUAAGUCAAAUCAAAUUUUAAAACCAACUUUUCAAACUCGAGGUCAAAAUAGUUCAUCUGUUGCAGAACCCCCCCAGCCACCUUUCUCCAGGAGUGGCAAUGCUAUGAAAAAGACAGUGGCAUUAACAAAUGUACCUAAAAUCAUUAAACUGAAUGGAAAUGUACCGAUAUCAAAAAUCUGUAAUAACACAGAAGUCAUCAAUACAACCCCAUCAAAUAAGAAAUACGCCUUCAAGAAAAGAUCUCCAAAACAAACAGUAAAUGGAACUGGAACACAGGCUACAAACUCAAAGAAUCUUCUUGAAAGUAAUAAAAAUAAAGAUCUAUCAAAUUCUUCAAGAUUUACAAAUAUGAAGCCAGCCAAUUAUUCAUACCAACCAGUGCGUUUGAAUUCUAAUGGUUCAUCUGAGCCAUUAGACAGUGCUGUAUCACAAAGUCAAGAUUUGUUUAUCGAUGAAAAUGACUCAUUUCUUUGUGAAGAUUCUUUUCUGGAAUCUCAGUUUUUAGCUGAAUUAGAAAAAAUAGAAUCAACUUUGUAAGCUUGAGGGAGUUGUUCAUCUAGAUGUCUCCUACUAAUUAAUAGUGUCAAGAGAAGAACUGAACCAUGUUAUCCAGGAGUGUUGCUUCUGAGUGUUAUUGUCAAUGUCCUUUUCAAAGAAAUGGUGAUGUGCCCGGUGUAAUGCAAUGACAUCAAGAUAAAGGGCAUGUUUUAUUAAAUUGAAUACAGUGUUUCAGAUUAGUGUAAUCAUUGAAUGUACAUUCUUUCAUUAAAGAACAUGUCAAUCAUUCUCUGCAUUUUCUGUGAAGAAAUUAUUUUUGUGGAAUGAAUGUGGGGGAUACCCAUUUUUAGUGAAUUCUAAGGACAUUUAUAUAAAUAUUCUGGUUCCCAGAUACAUGUACCCCUGCCUCGCUUAAAAAGAGUAACAUGACCUGGUUUUGUUUCAAAGAAUAAAAAUGAUCUUAUAAAUAACCACACAUAAAGGUUUUCUCCGGAUUACAGGAAGAAAACUUAUGAAUCGGAAAUAUAUGGUAUUAUCAAUGCAACCCGGAUAAAUGUUACUGAAACUUGGAUAAUCAUACAUUCAACAGCUUGAUCAGAUGUAAUGUGGUGCUUUGAAACAUAAUGUUUUUGAUAAGUCAUUUAGUCCAGUAAGUGAUCCUUUGACAAAAUAAAAACACAAAAACAAAAACCUAAUAUAUAGUUUUUUUGAUUUUUUUUUUAGUCUCCUUUGAGGUUUUUUUUAUCCAUCUGAUUAAUCAUCUUUUAUCAUUACUUUUUAUACACCCACAUUUUAAUGUGGAUGUAUUAUGCCGUUGCCCCUGUCCAUCCGUCCGUCCACAAUUUUUAUCCAAUUUUAAAAAAACCCCAUUUAAUUAUCACCAUUAACACUCUAAUGACAGUGUUGAGUUCCAAUUUCAUGAAAAUCGGACCAAAACUGCCUGACAAAAUGGCGGCUCCUUGUAUGCAAAUAGUGUAAAAGUAUGUCAUACCAAGGUUGUGGACCCUCUAGAAGUCACAAUUGUUACCAGAUUUUGAUGAAACUUAAAAUACAUGUAUAUGUUUAUGUCCCAAAGAUCUCAGUUCAUUUUGCUAUUUGCGCAUAUCAUACUGUCACUUCCUGGAUUAUGGCCCCUGAUUGUAAGAAAAAUCAUGUUUUUUAGCUUGUAGAUUCUCUAGAGGUCACAAUUUUUUAUCCGAUUUUAAAAAAACCUUUAAAUAUAUCAAUAUUCCACCAUAAUGAAGGUUGAAUUCUAAUUUCGGGAAAAUCCAAACGAAACUCCCCUCUCUUUGUUUACAAAUUGUGUGAAAGUACGUAAUACGAAGGUUGUGGACCCUUUACUAGAGGUCACAAUUUUUAUCCGAUUUUGAUGAAACUUAAAAUAUAUGUUUAUGUCCCCAAGAUCUCCAUCCCUUUCGAUAUUUGCACAUUUUAGACCAUAUCUUUCACUUUUGUUUUUAGCUUGUUUUCUAUCAAUCUCUUGCAAAAUGUGGGCAUAUCUUGCCUGGCAACCACUGGUUCUAUUUAUAACUGCAGACAUUGGGUAGUGGUUUUAUUAUUGUAUAAUUUUCUUUUUGCUGUGAUUUGAAAUUUUCAUGAUUACAGAAAAGAUUAUUUGACUUAUUAUGUAUUUGUAUACCUGUAUAUUUUUGGAUGUAAAGUUUAUACCCAAUAGUGAUCUUUAUAAUUAAUAAUUCUUGUAUUUUAGUGAUUGUUUGUCAUUUGUGGUAGAGAAAUGUAUCAGACAUUUAGUUGAUAUAGGGCCUUGUCCAUAUCAGAAUACCAGAGACUAACUAGAAGUAUGUUUUAUCGGUAGCCUUGUAAUUUGUUAAUUUAUUCAGCUAGUUCGAAAAGUGUUUUCAUCUCUUGUAAAGAACAAUAUUUUAAGAAUUCCAGAAAAAUCAUGUUGUCUACACUUUUUUUUUCUCUCAGAAAUUGAUAAAUUGACUUUCGUCAGCAUGUUAAGAACUUAAAUGUUUGAAUUGUGACUGAAUGUCUGAAAUUGACAAUUAUUAUGAUCAUUUUAAUUGGCUUAUAAUUAGUGAUACCAGGAAGUAGACUAAAUACAGUCCAUUUCAUGGGCUAAAUGUAUUUGUUAAGGCCAGCUCAAUUUUUGUCAUGUGAUUGUUGAAAAAUUGAGCUGGCCUUAUCAUUUAGCACUAACCCAUUUUUCCUUAAUUUGUAUAUCCCACCAUCAUCAUACCAGGUAUUCAUCGCUUAUGACAUGUCAGAUAUUUUAGAACUUUGCUUUGGGUUGUGUUAUUUAUAAUUAAAGCACUUAUGAGAUAUUGAUGUCAGUUUGUAAAUACAUCCUUUAAUAUUAUAGUAUUUUUCUUCAGGGUUGAAGAUAUAAAAAAAAAACCUCUAUUCUUUAUCAUAAAAUGCUGUAUUAUUCUGUGUAUAAACUUAACAUAUUUUAUUAAAAAUAGGGUUUAAAAAAAGAAUUGGUGUGCUUGUCUAUUAGCUGUCUGAAAGGAGCUAAAUCUCUCUGAUAUUGGGUCAAAAUAAAGUAUUAAAUUUGUUUAACCUGAUGUGUUGUUUUGUAUCGGAUUACUUUUUUGUUUCAAAAGAUUAGUUUAAUUUUUCUCAGUGAAUCACAAAUUCAAUUGUCUCGAAACUGGCAUUAUCUAAAUCUAUGGACAUCAACACACAAAUCCAAUGAAAGACAAUUUUAUUUUUGACCCAAUUGAAAGAUUUAGUCAUUUGAAGUUUGUGGUAUUUGAAUAUCAAGGACUGGGAGGAUGUUAAAAACCAUGUUGAUGAAGGGUGUUAUUUUGCUUUAAGUGUCUGAUAUUUAUUGGUUAUUAGAAUAAUAAAAUAUUUGAAGCAUA